ACUCCCUUAACGUCCUACCUUCACAUCCUCCUUUAUCAAACCAACUCGCCCCGACCCUCGUCUAAAAAAAAAACAACCCUAUUACAAGCACAACUAACGCAUCACUCCGGCCAUUUUCAAAAUGUGUUUUGGCAGAGUAUUCGAUGAUGAUAUGGCCACCCUUGAACAGGAAGGAAACGAUGCGCUCGGCGAGAUUGUUGAGAUGGUCUGUUCAAUCCCGGGCCGCGAAGAAAUUGUCCCCCUCGUCACUCAUACGCAGAGAGCCGGGAUACGGUAUCUGACUAUCGAUUGCGGCAAGUUGAGCAUGGUAUGGAAGGUGGAGAUGGUGGAAAACAGUUACUUUAAGAGAAUCUGUCUCUACAAGAGAAUCUGCAGACCUAUAAGUAAGCUUGUAAAUAUUCCAUUUCCAGCAGCGAGCAGUAACUGACUCAAGAACAUGACAACAGGGGAAGGCGCUAGGAGUUCAAAGAAUUUCCUUAUGCCGGUCAAGAUUUGGGAAGGGACUAUGUGCCACCAGAUCAUCAGGCUUCAUAGACUUGGAGAACUCAGAGAUGUCUGGUGGAACUAUUCCAUUCUUCCGAGCCGUGCGUACAGGGAUGCUCUGUAGGUUUCUUUAAUUAUUCUUAUCCUUUGCUCUUUUCUUUAAAUGUUUCUAAUUGUGAAUGGAACAAAAAAGCAACAAGAGCUACCGGGAAUCUAUGACCGACAAAGGAAACGAAUCUGCGGAGGGGUCUCCCCAAAAUCGCGAUUCUACGUCGGGUGUUCCCUCCUUUGCCCCUCGCCGAGAAUCAUCUCUCGGGCUGAGACUUAAGAAAACGAGGGUUACGGCUAGAGUGAGGCCUAUGAUGCGAACCAUGACCAAAAUCAUGUUUGCUAGAACCCUGACUGAGAUGGCAUCCAAGGGGAGGUUGAAGGUCAUGAGGGAGAUAAGGGUGAGAACGGUGGGGAUGCUGAGAAAGAGGGCUUUGAGGAUCGCGGCCAUGUUGAGAAAUAUGGAGCUCUAAGGGAGGAGAAAAAUUUCUAAAAUCUAGACCAUGACGUUUCCCAGUGGUGGCCCUCUAAAGAUCGGGGUGGGUGUUAACAAUUCUUCGACUGGAUAUAUUUGCGGUCUGCUAACACGAUCUUCUUUUCUAGUAUCUCCGCUUGUUGCUUGAGUGUUCUGGGUGGUUUUCUCUGGCUGCUGGCUCUUUGUGUUUGUCAUUACCAUCUUAGCUUUCUUUCAUUUUUUGAGAUCUCUCAUCAUUCGGUUUCUUCCUCUUCCUGUAUUUUCGUGGGUCAAAGUUCCCUCACUUCUGUUCUAAUACAAGGCAUUGAGAUCUC